AUGUUGGAGAAGGAUGAGACGCUGGGUACGCUGUGCACGCUCAUUGCUGAUGUUUCAAAGGUGCCCGAGGCGGAGAGGGUGCAGAAGAAUGGGGGGGACGGGAAGGUGUACUAUAUCAUGGAGGGUGACAUCAAGGUUACUCCUGGUUCCGCCGAUAUGGGGUAUGUCUUCUAUCUUCAGGGCAAGCGCUACGACAACAUUGAGGUCAAGUGCGAAUACGCCUGA